UCUCAUAGUCUGUAUAAACAGAGCAGCCGUUAACACUCCCCAGUUUCUCUUCCUGUUUUUCCUGAUGAUGAAGAUGAGGAUGAUGAUGAUGAUGAUGAUGUAACCCUCCCCUCGUCCUAUCAGAGCAGCAGAUCAGUGUCUGAGGUCUGUGGCUGAGGGUCUUUCAUCCAGACGUGUGUGACUCUUCAUCAACGGACUAGAGCAGAAAUGGAUCCUGAUUGUCAGAGAGGUGAGGCUGUUCCACUGUAUGAGGGGAAGUAUAAUGGAUACCCUGAUCAGCCUGGACAGUUCGGUCCUUCUGGACAGUUCGGCCCUUCUGGACAGUUCGGCCCUUCUGGACAGGUCGGUCCUUCUGGACAGGUCGGCCCUUCUGGACAGUUUGGCCCUUCUGGACAGUUUGGCCCUUCUGGACAGUUUGGCCCUUCUGGACAGUUUGGCCCACCUGGACAGUUUGGCCCUUCUGGACAGUUCGGCCCUUCUGGACAGUUUGGCCCUUCUGGACAGUUCGGCCCACCUGGACAGUUUGGUCCUUCUGGACAGGGUGGACAGCCUGGACAGGGCGGACAGCCUGGAAAGCCUGUUGGACCUGUAGUGGUUGACCAUACCACUGUGGAGAUCACCACUGCGCCCCCCCGGGACCACUUCAUCUGGUCCAUACUCAGUCUUUUCUACGCAAACAUAUGUUGCCUCGGACUGGCAGCUCUCAUCUGCUCGGUCAAGGCCAGAGACCGGAAGAUGGUUGGAGAUAUGGUUGGUGCCCGACACCACAGCUCCACCGCCCGCAAACUCAACAUCAUCAAUGCAUCUCUGUUUGCCGUCCUGAUCAUCACUAUCAUUAUUCUCUUCUUCUAUAACCCAAUGAUCUCAGAAGACAUCCUCAGGUAUUGGAUCCACAAGUUGUAAACGAGCAGAGACGUCGGCUGUUGCUGCUACGUUUCUCUGAUCUGUCACAUUUUAUUCACAUUUUAUACCUUAAACAUGUAAACACAACUGAUUUGUAUUUGUGUGUCCAAACAGUUUCAUUUGACAAUAAAAGAGUUUCCUAACCCGUGA